AUGACCUGCUGGUUGCUCUGGGCUCAUACUCUCCGCUCGGCUCAGGACUUAGGCGCGCGGAGCGAACCGGGCGCGGACUUAGGCGCGCGGAGUGAGCCGGGCGCCCCGGCCCAGGACUUAGGCGCGCGAAGCGAGCCUGGGACUUAGGCGCGCGGAGCGAGCCUGGGCCAUUGGCUCAGCCCCAGGCUCGCUGGCUGUGGACUUGGGGCGCGCGGGUCUCUUAUUGUUAGCUUCCUAUUCAUCACUCUUGGCUAUAACUACAUCGCUGACGUAGUAGAGUUGAUCGAAUAGUACUCGACUCGGGCGCCUCCCACCACAUGGUCAAGGACGCGUCUCUCUUCGACGCCUGGCACACACGGUCACACGUCGCCGUCGAUGGCGCUGGUGGGUCACUCAUGGCACAAGGCACCGGCUCGAUCACGAUACGAACGUCGAAACAACGAACGAUCAAGCUCUGCAACAUCUACUACGUCCCCGACCUUCCGGCCAACCUGAUCUCGGUCAUGCAGCUGCGCCGCGAGCGCGUUUACACCCACUUUGGCAAGACCAUCGAGCUCCGGUCACAAGGUCAACUCAUAGGUGUGGCAUCCCUCAUUGCGAAUCAACUGUCGACACUGGACGCCACCCCAAUCCGCAGCACGGUGUCACCGGUCGCAGCAGCCGCCAUCCCUCUCCUGACUCUGCACCAACGAUUCGGCCACCUAUCCCUCCCCAACCUGCGAAGGGCAGUAUCUGUGAGGAAUCCACUCUCCGCUCGGCUCAGGACUUAGGCGCGCGGAGCGAACCGGGCGCGGACUUAGGCGCGCGGAGUGAGCCGGGCGCCCCGGCCCAGGACUUAGGCGCGCGAAGCGAGCCUGGGCCAUUGGCUCAGCCCCAGGCUCGCUGGCUGUGGACUCGGGGCGCGCGGGUCUCUUAUUGUUAGCUUCCUAUUCAUCACUCUUGGCUAUAACUACAUCGCUGACGUAGUAGAGUUGAUCGAAUAGGUAUGUUGAAAUGCAUUGAUCACUCUUGGCUAUAACUACAUCGCUGACGUAGUAGAGUUGAUCGAAUAGGUUAUAAGCCCACGAGCUACCAGCCCCGCCGCUUGAGGUUUUUUCGCUCGAGCCCAGCCACUCGAGCCGCACACGUCCAUCGCACCAUCACAUCAUGGACAGCUCUCCCGCCUCGCCUUUGGCCCCCAGGGAUCCCAGCUCCCCUGAAUCUUCGAUCGGCGAACAAAUCGCCACUCUACAGGCCCAGCUUGCCGUGUUGAACUUCGCUCCAUCUCACUUCUAG